AUGCCUGGACACGCCGCUAGCCCCUAUUGGACCGCCGUGGAUUUUGACAGCGAGGACGACGACCGUUCGCCACCGCCGAACAAUAAUAGAAUGUAUCUUGACCCGUGGGACAACGACGCUAUGGCCAAAAUACCGGGCGGUUCUCCCGAUUCUAGUCAGGAACCCUCCAACUCUUUCGCCGGUGAACCCGUGAGCUCUAGUUUUUAUUACGUACCCACGAAGAAUUAUGACUCCUCGGAUGAGAAGCCAGCGAAGCGAGCAGCUAUUCCUGAGGACAUCAUUCCUGAACCGUCGAUCUACGGCCGCAGAGCAUCUAGGUGCCUUCCACCGCCGGAUCUUCAAGAUGUACCAGUUUAUGCUCAAAGGCUCGUGGGGGAAGGAAGGCGAUCAAUGUACACAGAAGAACCUCAAUUCAUUCCUCAUCCAAUGGUGUAUGAGAGUAUGUACGGUUCAGUGCCGAUGCCGCCUCCUGGUUACCUGCCCGUACAGAGACCUCGUGUAUCUUUCGUACAUCACCCCGAUCCUAUGCUGGCCAACGGUUAUCCCAACGGCAGAAGACAUUCUCGGAUGGUGGACGCGUAUGAGCAUUACGCUUACGAGAGUCUGCCCCAAGACUACGAAGAUUGGGGCCACCCGAUGCCCCAGGCGGCGCCGAAUAACUUCCACCUGUCGAGGUACCGUGUAACGUGUCUCGCACAAUUAGAAAGACCUACAGCGUUAAAGUUGAAAUAA